UGAAAAUAUUCAGUUUAAUCGGUCUCGUUAUUUUCACUGCACGACAUUCCGCAAAAUGGAGUCUAUAACUUUGUUGUUAAUUUUAAUUACCCUAUUUUUGGGUGCAAUUAUCGGUGCUCUAAUUCUCUAUCGUCAAACAAAUUUUUGGCAACAAAAGGGAAUUCCUUAUCUAAAACCAUUAAUACCUGUAUUAGGAAGUAUGUCAAUUAUUCUAUUUCGUCGCUCGUCUUUUUAUGAUGGUUUAAAUUUUUUAUAUAACAAAUUUCCAAACGCGAAAUAUUAUGGUAUGAUGAUUUUACAUACUCCUUUGCUUUUGGUUCGUGAUCCCGAUUUAAUCAAGGAAAUAUGUGUAAAAAAUUUCGAGAAUUUUGUCGAUCGUCGUAGUUUUAUGACUGAAGAAAUGGAUCCGGUUUAUGGAAAAAAUGUAUUUUCAUUGAAAGGCGAUCGAUGGAAGAAAAUGAGAAACACUCUGAGUCCAGCAUAUACAGCGGCUAAAAUGAAACUCAUGUUUGAAUUAGUUGAAAAAUGUGCUCGCGAUUUUGUUCAAUAUUUCAUUGAUCAUUCAAAUGAAGCAAAAUCUAUUGAAUUGUCAGAUGCAUUUACCAGAUAUUGUAAUGAUGUGAUAGCCACUGCAGCAUUUGGAAUUAGUGUUAAUUCUUUAAAGGAUCGAGAAAAUGAAUUUUACGAAAGGGGGAAAAAGUCCUUUAACUUGGGUAGUUCUAAACGUUUUAUUAAAAUUAUAGCUUUUCGACUUUUUCCAAAAUUGAUGCAUCUAUUGGGAAUAACAUUUCUUGCCAAGAAGUCUGAUCGUUUUUUCAAAAAAAUCAUUACGGAAACAGUUAUCACGAGGGAUGAGAAAAAUAUUAUUCGACCCGAUAUGAUACACUUGUUAAUGGAGGCUAGAAAUAAAGAUGAUAAUGAUUUGUCUAUGGAUGACAUUAUAGCACAGGGAUUUUUAUUUUUUUUGGCAGGAUUUGAUUCUUCAUCGGGUCUAAUGAAAUUUAUGGCUCAUGAAUUGGCAAUGAAUCCAGAAAUUCAAGACAGAUUGAGAAUCGAAGUUGACAGUCUUCUUAAGGAAAAUGAGAAUAUUGACGAUUUUUAUGGGAGGCUUUCUGAAUUGAAAUAUAUGGAUAUGGUACUUUCUGAAACAUUACGGAAGUAUCCGCCUAAUCCACUGUUGGACAGAUUGUGUGUGAAAGAAUACAAUUUUCCAAAAGCUACGCCGGACAGUAAAGAAUACACAGUAAAACCGAAAAAUGCCAUUUGGAUACCAAUUUAUGGAUUGCAUCAUGAUCCAAAAUAUUUUCCAAAUCCAGAAAAAUUUGAUCCUGAAAGAUUUAGUGAUGAGAACAAGGACAAAAUUCAUCCAUAUGCCUAUUUGCCAUUUGGUCUUGGUCCAAGAAAAUGCAUCGGGAACAGAUUUGCCUUAAUGGAGACUAAACUAAUUUUUGUUUUUAUUCUACUUAAUUUCACUUUGGAGCCUACUGAGAAAACUAAAUAUCCAAUUGAGUUUGCAAGAGGUGGUGGUGGACUUAAAGUCAAAGAUGGUUUAUGGAUCGCAUUUAAGAAACGAGUGUUUGACCAUCAACAAGAAAGUGUUCUUUAAAAUGUUUCUCAUGAAUCGUAUGCUAAAUAUUAUUCACCACAUAAUAAAUACUAAGAAAAUAAUUACUAAAUAUUAAUUACAAUUAAUAUUUACAGACUCUUCGAAUUAUUUGUUUAAAAAAUUCUUUCUAAUUUUAAUAUGACUCUAAAUAUUAAUAUAUACUAUGUCUCAAAAAUUAUAAUCUACGAUCAUCUACGAUUCGAUAAUUAGAACUAGACUAUAAACUAUUUUGAUAAGAAAAUUUCUAUUUUAGACAUAGCUUAAAGACUGAUAUAUUAUAUCUUAAUGCUAAACACAUUUAUAACAUUCAACAAUUUGACUUAUUUCUAAUUUUAGAAUUUCAUUUUUACAGAUAUAAAAUAUUUUUAUCUGGUAAAUUUGUAAUCGAUUUCAUUAAUUUAAAAUAAUUCUACUUCCAGUUGAAAAUGGACAAGUUUUAUUGAAUUUU